AUGGCGGCCUCAUGUAAAGACAUGGAGGAGCGGCGUGCGCACGGCUUCCGCGUACGGCCGUCAUACUCACAGGUCCUGGGCUACAUCGCUGAGGGCGAGCCCUUGCCCAUCGACCUCCCAAACCGCAACGCCAGCAUCCUGACUUCCAGCCACUUCUGGCUGGACGACUAUCCCCAGAGCUCCGAGCCCGAGCCAGCCCCGCUGCCCCACACGACCGUGGACCCUGCAGCAGCCUACGAGGACGCCAACGAGGGCUACGAUGGAGUGCCCUUCCCCCGCCGAGACUUCCUGCGCCCACGGCCCUUCGACCUGGACAGCGAGUCUGAUUUUGGGGCGGUGGACCCGGGCCAAGCUCUGAGAAACGACGGGCUGGAGCCCCCAGCACCGCCAAGCUUCCUCAGCCGGAUGCAGCAGGCUGAAGCCGCUGCGGGAGCUGCAGCUGGACUGGCGGGCUCUGCCUCUGCCAUUGCGGGGCACGGACAAGACCUAUACAAUGCAGCGCGCAGGGGAAGGAACUGGAUUGACCGGAACCUGCGCAUCCCGCGCACGCCCGAGGGCCUCGCGCCCCCGCCCGACGAAGUAGCUCCACCCCAAAUCAUCGGCCGGCCAAGCGAAGCGGAGCCGCUUCUGGAGCGGGCGGGACAGCGAGCCCAGGAGGUGGAGAGGGCGGCAGCCCGAGACAUCGAGCAGUUCAUGAGCGAGCAGGUGGCCGAGGCCGAGGCGACCGAGGGCUUCGCUUCCACCGCAGAAGUGGCUGCGGGGGCCGCAGAAGCGGCAGCUGCAGCGGAGGGGCCAGGAGCGUUGGCGCUGUUUGGAGAGGCUGCAUUGGGCACAGCUGCGGGCAUGGGAGCAGCCGCAGGAGGCCUUGCCGUGGCGGGUGGGGCAGCGGCGCUCGUGGGCACUGCGUGGGCGCUCCACGGAGGGAUGGUGGCAGCAGAGCACCUCCUAGGUUGGGGUGGAGGUGGAGGAACCGACACGGAUGCUUCUCGCCCCAGCUCCGCGCCCGACAUCCAAACCCUCAACGGCAUGCAGGAGUUCGGUGCUGAGCAGCACUUCCAGCUUCGAGAGCAACGCCCGCGGACACAGUUUUACCGCAUGGACACUGAAAGCGAAUCCGAGCCGCGGGCCCAGCCGCCCGCGCGAGUGCAGGCUCGCCCCGCGAGGCCCACGCGCUUCCCGACGGGCCUCAACCCCGCGCCGCUGGCGCAGUCCUCGGGCAGCGACUCUAGCCGCGGGCCACGGAUGCAGCGCCAAUCGCGCGCCGCGCCGCCCCCUUCCUUCGAGGCCCUUCGCAGCGCGAGCGAGCCGGAGGCCGCAUGA